CCAACCCCCCACCCCCAGCAGUGGUCAGCCUGUUCUGGAACAGGACAGUAGGGCCAAAAUGCUGACUUGUAAAAAUCCUGUGUCCAUCACAUUGGCUGGCGACUUUAGACAUUCUUUUAGUAAGUAUUUGAAUGCUUCUUAAGUGCUGGUGUGAGGGGUAUUCAGACAUGAGCAAAGGGAGCUUCUGCUGCCCAGGAGCUGGCCGUACUCAGGGAGAGAGAUGAUAAGACAGUCUCAUAAGUGUAUUUUUAAGAUGUGGUGAGUGCUGCGAGGGAAGAAUUACGGGGAACUGUGUCACCCACUGGGGCCCAGGGGGCUGCCUCAGAAGACCACCCAGGAAAAGGGGAAGAGAGUUCUGGGGAUGGGGAAUAGCACACACACGGCCUGAGAUGAGAUGAACAUGCAGCCACUUUAUUCCAAAGCUGUGAAGUGUUCUUCUGUUGUGUCCUCAUAUAUGGCGGCCUGGCUCUGGGAGUUUAAAGUUGCUGCUUCAGGUGGUGGCCAGGCAGGAGACAGCUCUACUGAGCUUGGCAUGGCACCUAGGCCCAGCCUGAAUCUGCAGCCUGAGGCUUGAAAGAGAAAAGCCCUCCUCUGGACCUCAAGCGGGUGGCGGUUGGGAAACCGUUGCUGAGUGUACCCAGUGCCCUGAGUGCUGGGCAGGGCCGCGUCCUCCUGGAUGUGGCUAGCAGAACACGCAGCACAUGGAUUUCGACACUUUGGGUAUCUUCACACGCCAAAGAGCUGUGGACACUGAGAAGGCUGGCUUCUGGGAGAGACUGGAGGUUGGGGUGACGCUCCCAGGCAUAGUUCUGUGACUUGAGUCUUUGGGGGUCAGUGAUUCUGAAACUAGAAAGGGGGCUGGAGCCAGUCAGGGGGCAUGUGUGACCUUCGGGACAGAGGUGGCUUCUGGAUGCCUGUGUGUCCCAGCCCUUGACUUGGGUGGGCCUGUGUGAAUGCUCAGAGCUUCCUGGCUAUUAAAGUGUGGAUUUUAAAGCAACUGCUCAAAGCAGUUCAGGAAAUGAGUACGCGCCGCUGCUAUGGUUUGGGUGUUUGUCCAGGUGUCAGGCUGUUCUCACAUUGCUGUAAAGAAAUACCUGAGACUGGGUCAUUUAUAAAGAAGAGGUGAGAUUGGCGCAUGGUUCUGCAGGCUGUACAGGAAGCAUGGUGCUGGCAUCUGCCUGGCUUCUAGGGGGCCUCAGGAAGCCUUUAAUCAUGGUGGACGGUGAGGGGGAGUAGGUAUGUCACAUGGUGAAAACAGGAACAAGCAAGAGAGAGUGAGUGGGGAGGUGCCACACACUUUUAAAGACAACCAGAUGUCCUGUGAACUCAUUACUCACUGUCUCCAAGGGGAUGGCCCAAGAUUCAGGAGGGACCCACCCCCAUGAUGCAGUCACCUCCCAUCAGGUCCUGCCUCCAGCAUUGGAGAUUACGGUUCAGCGUGAGAUCUGGGCGGGGACAAACAUCCAGGCUCCAUCAGUCCCCUUCCAGUCUCACGCGGAAAUGUGAUUUCCAGUGCUGGAGGUGGGCCUGGUGGGAGAGGAUUGGCUCAUGGAGGCGGAUCCCUCAUGAAUGGUCUGGCACCGUCCCCUUGGUGAUAAGGGAGUUCUCAGUUCACAAGAGAUCUGGUGGUUUUAAAAGAGUGGGGUUUCCUCCCUCUCUUUUGCUGCCCCUUUGCCUCCCUCCAUGAGUGGAAGCUUCCUGAGGCCCUUCUCAGAAACAGAUGCCGGCGCCAUGUUGGUGCAGCCUCUUGAACUGUGAGUGAAUGAAACCUUUUUUCUUUACCACUUACUCAGCCUCAGGUAUUCCUUCACAGCAAUGCAGAAAUGGCCUAACACAGCUGCCUAAUUGAUAGAGAAGUGAUGGGUUACGGAGGGAGAGCUAAUCACGGAGCAGCUUUCUCCUGUGUCUGUAAGAACACCAGGUGUGGUGGUCUGGACUGUUCUCGUGAAGGCCACUCAGUCUUGUUUUAGGAGUUCUAUGGCAGACACUGUCCACUGCUGGAGCUGGAUGAGCUAGGGUGGGCCCAGUGCUCUGUGUGGCCAAGUGGCCUGACAUUCCAGGAUGCUUCUGGGGCUCAUGGCCUCACCCCCUGGAUUGUGGGCUUGGCUCGCUUUGGAAAUGGCCCUGUUCAGGCCAGAGACACUGAUGGUGUGUGUCCUGGAUGAUGGGCCCGGUCUCAGGUUUAUAUCCAGAAAGGAGCCACAGAAAUGGACUCAUCAACGCUGUGAUUCUGCCGUGCCCUUGGGACCCCACAGGGGCUGGUGAAGGACACGUAGUGGGGAGGGGCGAGGGGUCCCAGGGCCAACAGCUCCCAUCCUGCUGUGUCCAUGGCCCUGGACCCUGGACCCUGGACCCUGUGUCAGUGUGGCUGCCUCUCCCCUGAGCUUCUGGGCUGAGCUGUCACUGAUGUCAGUGAGAGAGUAGGACCCUGUAGCCUCUGGGGCUUUGGUAAGUCAGCCCUUAAGAGUCUCUGAUCCCCAAACUUGAAAUGUCACAGGCAUUUCCUAUCCUCCUGAUGGUCUGGCGAUGAGCCGUGCGUCCACCGUGCACUGCACUUUUCACAGAGCGAGGGCUGAGGGCACAUGAGGGUGAGGCUGGCUCACAGCCCCCACUCUCCCAUGUCCUGCAGGAAGGAGCCUGACCUGCUGGCUUCCUGGCACCUGUCUCUCCUCCUAGCCCCGUCGUGCCUUGCAAGUGCCUGCAUCCUGUCUGUGCUGAGACCUCUUGGCGUUCCCUGCUGGCCUGGUUCAUGUGUGUUGAGGACCAGGCCACGCGGAGGCUCGCUCCCAGGGAGGAUGGCGGCACUCCACACGACUCCCGACUCCCCAGCUGCCCAGCUGGAGCGGGCAGAGGACGGGUCAGAGUGCGACCCUGACCAGGAGGAAGAGGAGGAGGAGGAGGAAAAGGGGGAAGAGGGUCAGGAGGUGGAAGAAGAGGAGGAGGAGAUAGUGGUGGCAGAGGAGGAGGAGGGUGUGGCAGAGGUAGUGGAGGAUGCGCAGGUGGAGGAGGUGGCCGAGGUGGAGGUGGAGGCGGACGUGGAGGAGGAGGAUGUGAAGGAGGUGCUGGCAGAGGAGCAGUGUCCGGCGUUGGGGACCCAGGAGCGACUUAGCCGUGGUGGUGAUGCCAAGUCCCCAGUUCUUCAGGAAAAGGGCCUGCAGGCCUCCCGGGCUCCAGCCACUCCUAGGGAUGAGGACCUGGAGGAGGAGGAAGAGGAGGAGGAGGAUGAGGACGAGGAUGAUUUGCUGAUGGCUGGGUCUCAGGGGCUAGUGACGUUUGAAGAUGUGGCUGUGUACUUCUCCCUGGAGGAGUGGGAAAGGCUGGAAGCAGACCAGCGGGGCCUCUACCAGGAAGUCAUGCAGGAGAACUAUGGGAUUCUCGUGUCCUUGGGAUACCCAAUUCCCAAGCCCGAUCUGAUCUUCCGGCUAGAACAAGGGGAAGAACCUUGGGUCCCAGAUAGCCCCCGACCUGAGGAAGGAGACAUCGUCACUGGCGUCUACACAGGAGCCUGGUUCUGGACGGAUGACAUAGAGGACCAUGAGGAGGAAGACGACGAGGACUUCCUGGCGGAGGUGGCCGAGGAGGAGAACGAGCCCCCAGGGCUCUGGUCGGCGGCCUACGGCGUGGGGGACGUGCCUGGGACGUGGGGGCCCGACGACUCGGAUUCGGCGCAGACUCCAGAGGGGUGGGGGCCCGACCCAGGCGGCCUGGGGGUCCUGGCCGACGGCUCUGAAGCGAAGCCUUUCCUGCCCGGCCGGGAGCCGGGUGCGAACCUGCUGUCGCCCUGGGCGUUCCCCGCCGCAGUGGCCCCGCCGGCCGGGCGGCCGGAGACCACGUGCGACGUGUGCGGCAAGGUCUUCCCGCACCGCUCGCGGCUGGCCAAGCACCAGCGCUACCACGCGGCCGUCAAGCCCUUCGGCUGCGAGGAGUGCGGCAAGGGCUUCGUGUACCGCUCGCACUUGGCCAUCCACCAGCGCACGCACACCGGGGAGAAGCCCUUCCCGUGCCCGGACUGCGGCAAGCGCUUCGUGUACAAGUCGCACCUGGUUACGCACCGACGCAUCCAUACUGGCGAGAGGCCCUACCGCUGCGCCUUCUGCGGCGCGGGCUUCGGGCGCCGCUCCUACCUGGUCACGCACCAGCGCACGCACACGGGCGAGCGGCCCUACCCGUGUCCGCACUGCGGCCGCAGCUUCAGCCAGAGCUCGGCGCUGGCACGGCACCAGGCGGUGCACACGGCCGACCGCCCGCACUGCUGCCCCGACUGCGGCCAGGCCUUCCGCCUGCGCGCCGACUUCCAGCGCCACCGACGAGGCGGGGGCUGCGCGGAGCCGGGUGGUGACGGCCCCCGGCGGGAGCCCGGCGAGACGGCGGCCGCCGCGGGGCCCGAGGAUACCGACCCUGGGCCAGAGGGGCCGGAAGGACCUGAAGUUGGCGAGGCGGACGGAGAAGCGGAGGCCACGGCCGAGGAGAGAGAGGAGGCGGCGGUGGCGGCGCCGCCCACCCCCAGCGGCAAGGUGGACCCCGCGCCGGAACGGCGCUUCCUGGAGCUGGGCAACGGCCUGGGGGAGGGCGAAGGCCCCUCCUCCCACCCGCUGGGCUUCCACUUCCCCGUGCACCCCAAGUCCUGGCUGCACCCGGACAGCUUCCCGAUCCUGGGCCUGCCCGACUUCCGAGAGCGGCUGCCGGUCGACGGGCGCCCGCUCCCGGCGCCCCUGGGGGGCCCGCUCUCCCUGGUGGAGGGCACCGGGCUGGCCUGCGACCCUUUCGGCGGCGGCGGGGCCGGGGGCGGCGGAGGCGGCCUGCGCGCGUUCGGGCCUGCCAUUGGGGGUUUGCUGGCGGAGCCCGCGCCGGCCGCGCUGGCGGAGGAGGAGAGUCCGUGGAUCUGCUCGGACUGCGGCAAGACGUUUGGGCGCCGGGCCGCGCUGGCCAAGCACCAACGCUACCACGCGGGCGAGCGGCCGCACCGCUGUGCCGACUGCGGCAAGAGCUUCGUGUACGGCUCGCACCUGGCGCGCCACCGGCGCACGCACACCGGCGAGCGGCCCUUCCCGUGCCCCGAGUGCGGCGCGCGCUUCGCCCGCGGCUCGCACUUGGCGGCGCACGUGCGCGGCCACACCGGUGAGAAGCCGUUCGUGUGCGGCGUGUGCGGCGCUGGGUUCAGCCGUCGCGCGCACCUGACGGCGCACGGGCGCGCGCACACCGGGGAGCGGCCCUACGCGUGCGGAGAGUGCGGCCGGCGCUUCGGGCAGAGCGCGGCGCUGACGCGGCACCAGUGGGCUCACGCCGAGGAGAAACCGCACCGCUGCCCCGACUGCGGCAAGGGCUUCGGCCACAGCUCGGACUUCAAGCGGCAUCGGCGCACGCACACGGGCGAGAAGCCCUUCCGCUGCGCCGACUGCGGCCGCGGCUUCGCGCAGCGCUCCAACCUGGCCAAGCACCGGCGCGGCCACACGGGCGAACGCCCCUUCCCGUGCCCUGAGUGCGGCAAGCGCUUUUCGCAGCGCUCGGUGCUGGUCACGCACCAGCGCACACAUACGGGCGAGCGGCCCUACGCUUGCGCCAAUUGCGGCCGCCGCUUCUCGCAGAGCUCGCACUUGCUCACCCACAUGAAGACGCACCGCGGAGCCACCGCAGCGCCGGGCUCGGGUUCGGCUCCAGCCCCCGCGCCCAAGCCCGAGGCGGCCGCCAAGGGGCCGUCCAGCGCCGGCCCGGGGGAGCGCGGCAGCGCCCUGCUGGAGUUCGCGGGCGGCACAAGCUUCGGCUCCGAGCACCAGACCGCGUUCGCCGGGCCCUCGGGCGCCUACCGGGAGGGCGUCCUGUGAGGGGCCCGGGGCCGACGGCAGCGCAGCCUGCAGGGCCACCGGUCCCUCCCCUGGACGGCCGGCCCCCCGCUCCUCGGGCCCCGGGAGGCUGAGGGUCCCAGUCUUGGGUGCGGUGCCUUCCCUCAGCCCCCGCCCUGCGGCCCCGGGUCUCCUGCCCACCGGGUCCGUGAGCUCAGCCGGAGACGUGGGGGAGCUCUGGGGCGAAGACCAGCGCGGAGGCAGCGAGGCCGGGACACCACCCGCACGGAGACUGCGAUAUCCCCUGGAUGGGCCCGGGCUGUGAAGCAGGGCGGUAGUUGGCGGGCGAUGCUAUUUAUUUCAUUCGGAUUCCUACUUGGGUGGCCUGGGGAGCAAGGGACUUGUGCGUUUGCAACCGGGUGUGGCGGCGAGGGAGGGGAAAGCCCUUGCGCCACGGGAGGGUGGGGCCCGGCCACCCAGGUGGGCCAGCGGGAUGCCUGGGAGGCCGGUGGGUUUGGCUGACCACUUCUUCCCAUUCCUUAGUGGGAGACUUGGGGCCUCCCGGUCAUCCGAGUCUGUCCCGAAGGUUUAACUGUGCGCGGCGAGGGGAGGCCUUGUAGGUUUCUGAAGGGCGGAGCUCCAGUGGGAAAAUUUGAAACUUGUCGUCUGCGGAUAUUUAUUUCCACCUCUUGUAUGGCCUGAAGAAUCUAGGAGGAGAAAAAGCCAGAUACCAAACUUACGGCCAGGCAGACGGGUCGCGGGUGUUGACAGGGUCCUGAGGGAGUUUGAAGCCUUAUUCUCGAGCCGCCUUCUCUCCUCUCCCCACACGUGCACCGAGGUCACCCCGGCGCCCGCCGCACCGGUUCGGUUUUGGUCUCUGCUUGUCCUCUCAGUCCUUUGAUACUUUCGCCUCCCUCAGCCGGAGGUGGCAAACUCAGACAUCUACGGGCGCCCGAGGCCCUCGCAGCCCUGAGCCCCAGCUUUCACUUCCCUGGGCUGCCCCUCUCCGGGAGCAGGCAGACGCCCCGUUCUCGGAGCCCAGCGCACACUUAGAGCGACUGAGGUUGGUCGAAGGAUCUUUCCCCACAUCCCAUAAUCAGGGCCCUAGGACACCGGCAGGUCCCUUUAACUCUGCUUCUGUCAUUACACUAGAACAAGUAGUGUUUCUGUUUAGAGUCCCAUUUCACAGAUUGGUUAGUGGAGGCACCCGUGGCCUGGCAGCUUGCACAGUGGCUGUCCACCUCGGGGGGGUGUGGACCUGAGCCGUGGCUCAGUGACAAACCAGGCACCCAACUAUGCAAGGCCCCUGCCUGGUGGGCGCCCCACCCUCUGGACUGGGUCCAUGGAAGCCACUGGGCAGGCAGCUGGGGUGUAGUUCGUGUGAAGCCCCCUUCCCCUCACGCUUUUGGGGCCACUGUGAAUGGGGCCAAGAAACGGAUUUUUGGUGCAGCUGCAUUCCCUUAGAGACCUAGUUCCCUCCACGUUAGUGUAGACAUGGCCUUGGGGGCUGAGCGCAGCAGCCAGGCUGCCGGGGCUGGGGGCGGGUAGGAGGCACGGUAGUUGGUGGGUGGGAAGAGGGCCUGGGUGGUGGCGGUCAGUUAGCCUGGCUGGGUGAGGUUGCGGGGCGGGGUGGUGAGGAGAGCAGGGGUCCCACGGAGGCAUCGGCGUGCUGGGUAAUGGCCUUGGCCCUGGGUUUCUCCUCUCCCUGCGGGACAGGAGCCUCAGAAAGGGCUAAGGGCAAGGUGGGCUUUGGGGGGCUCUGGGAAUCUCAGCUUUAGCCCUGUAUGGCCAGGAUCUGCUGUCCCCGUUCCUCCUGGGCCCCAGCAGCUGUCCUGCAGCCGUCGGCAGGAGGGCCUGGCUUUAAUAAAGAGUGGACAAACUGA